CUGGCAACCGCGAAGCUCAGCGGGCCGGGCUGCGGGCUCUGGGUGGGAGCCCAACCCCACUCUCCCCUGCCUUACCCUGCGGCCGAGUUUCUUCUUCCUUCCCCCUCGCCCAAACCAUGGCGGGCGAAACCGGGGACGUUCGGAAAGUGUUCAUCUUCACUACCACCCAGAAUUACUUUGGGCUGAUGUCGGAGCUCUGGGACCAGCCGCUUCACUGCAACUCUCCCGAAGUCAACAACUUCUUGGACGACGGCAACCAGAUGCUCCUCAGGGUGCAGCGGACAGACGCCGGGAUCGUCUUUUCCAAUACAGUUGAUUUUGCUGACACAAAAGAUAAAGUGCUGGUGUUUUUCAAACUGCGACCUGAAGUGAUUACUGAUCAGAAUCUACAUAAUAACAUUCUUGUUUCAUCCAUGUUAGAAUCACCUAUAAAUUCCCUUUACCAGGCAGUACGGCAAGUAUUUGCACCUAUGUUGUUAAAGGAUCAGGAAUGGAACAGAAACUUUGAUCCCAAACUUCAGAAUCUUUUGAGUGAACUAGAAGCUGGACUGGGUAUAGUUCUACGAAGAUCAGAUACUAACUUAUUAAAAUUGAAAUAUAAGGAAGAUGACACACGAGGUAUUCUUACACCAAAUGAUGAGUUCCAGUUUUGGAUAGAACAAGCUCAUCGUGGAAAUAAGCAGAUUAGUAAAGAGCGAGCCAGUUAUUUUAAAGAAUUAUUUGAAACAAUAGCCAGAGAGUUUUAUAACUUGGAUGGUCUCUCCUUAUUGGAAGUGGUUGACUUGGUGGAGACUACUCGAGAUGUUGUAGAUGAUGUGUGGAGACAAACAGAGCAUGAUCAUUAUCCCGAGUCGAGGAUGCUACAUCUCUUAGACAUCAUAGGUGGUUCAUUUGGAAGGUUUGUUCAGAAAAAGUUGGGAACUUUGAACUUGUGGGAAGAUUCUUAUUAUCUUGUGAAAGAAAACCUGAAAGCUGGUAUUUCAAUUUGUGAGCAGUGGGUGAUUGCCUGUAAUCAUCUAACGGGUCAGGUGUGGCAGCGCUAUGUUCCUCACCCGUGGAAAAAUGAAAAAUAUUUCCCUGAAACGUUGGACAAACUUGGCAAACGUCUUGAAGAGGUCUUGGCUGUUAGAACGAUUCAUGAGAAGCUUCUUUAUUUCUUACCAGCCAGUGAAGAGAAACGCAUGUGCCUGGCACGAGUAUUUGAACCUUUUACCGGCCUGAAUCCUGUGCAAUAUAAUCCAUAUACUGAGCCUUUAUGGAAAGCUGCAGUGUCUCAGUAUGAAAAAAUGAUUGCACCUGCGGAACAAAAAAUAGCAGGAAAAUUGAAAAAUUAUAUUUCAGAAAUUCAAGAUAGUCCACAGCAGCUUCUUCAAGCAUUUCUGAAAUACAAAGAGUUGGUGAAGCGUCCUACCAUAAGCAAAGAAUUGAUGUUAGAAAGAGAAACUUUACUGGCAAGACUUGUGGACUCAGUUAGAGAUUUUCGGUCAGACUUUGAGAAUCGGUGCCGGGGAAUUCCUGGUGAUGCUUCUGGACCACUUUCUGGCAAAAAUCUUUCAGAAGUUGUCAAUAAUAUUGUUUGGGUUCGCCAGUUGGAACUGAAGGUGGAUGAUACUAUCAAGAUUGCAGAGGCCCUCUUAUCUGACUUGUCAGGAUUUCGCUCUUUCCAUCGAAGUGCUGAAGAUCUCUUAGACCAGUUUAAGCUAUAUGAACAAGAACAAUUUGAUGAUUGGUCCAGGGAUAUUCAGUCUGGUUUGUCUGAUUCCAGAUCUGGUUUGCGCAUUGAAGCUAAUAGUCGCAUUAUGGAAUUGGAUCCUAAUGAUGGCUCGUUAAAAGUGCAUUAUUCAGAUCGUUUGGUGAUUCUUCUGAGAGAAGUUCGUCAGCUUUCUGCCCUUGGCUUUGUUAUUCCUGCCAAAAUACAGCAAGUUGCCAACAUAGCACAGAAAUUCUGCAAGCAAGCAAUUAUUCUUAAACAAGUGGCACAUUUUUACAAUUCUAUUGAUCAACAAAUGAUUCAAAGUCAGAGACCAAUGAUGUUGCAGUCUGCCUUAGCCUUUGAGCAGAUAAUUAAGAAUUCUAAAGCAGGAAGUGGAGGAAAGUCACAAAUUACAUGGGAUAACCCUAAAGAGUUAGAGGGCUACAUCCAAAAGCUCCAAAAUGCUGCUGAACGACUUGCAACUGAAAACAGAAAAUUGAGAAAAUGGCACACUACAUUUUGUGAAAAGGUGGUAGUCCUUAUGAAUAUUGAUCUGCUUCGACAGCAACAGCGCUGGAAAGAUGGACUGCAAGAAUUGAGAACUGGGUUAGCAAGUGUGGAAGCACAGGGAUUCCAAGCAAGUGACAUGCACGCGUGGAAACAGCACUGGAAUCAUCAACUGUACAAAGCUCUGGAACAUCAGUAUCAGAUGGGCUUAGAAGCACUUAAUGAGAAUCUGCCAGAAAUAAAUAUAGACUUAACAUACAAACAAGGACGAUUACAAUUCAGACCUCCUUUUGAAGAAAUCCGGGCUAAGUAUUAUAGAGAAAUGAAGAGAUUCAUUGGCAUUCCUAAUCAGUUUAAGGGAGUUGGUGAGGCAGGAGAUGAAUCUAUCUUUACUAUUAUGAUUGAUAGAAAUGCCAGUGGAUUUUUGACUAUUUUCAGCAAAGCAGAAGAUCUUUUUAGGAGAUUGUCAGCUGUUUUACAACAACAUAAGGAAUGGAUUGUAAUUGGGCAAGUUGAUAUGGAAGCUCUAGUUGAAAAACAUCUUUCUACUGUACAUGAUUGGGAGAAGAAUUUUAAAGCACUGAAAAUAAAAGGGAAAGAAGUUGAACGACUUCCAAGUGCUGUCAGAGUAGAUUGUUUAAAUAUUAAUUGCAACCCUGUGAAGACUGUGAUUGAUGAUCUCAUCCAGAAGUUAUUUGAUAUGCUUAUUCUUUCUUUAAAGAAGUCCAUUCAAGCUCAUUUACAUGAAAUUGACACAUUUGUUACUGAGGCUAUGGAGGUCUUAGCAAUUAUGCCCCAGUCUGUGGAAGAGAUAGGUGAUGCAAAUUUACAAUACAGUAAGCUGCAAGAACGGAAGCCAGAGAUUUUGCCCCUAUUUCAAGAAGCUGAAGAUAAAAACAGACUUUUACGCACUGUGGCAGGUGGAGGUUUAGAAACAAUUAGUAAUCUGAAAGCCAAGUGGGAUAAAUUUGAGUUGAUGAUGGAAAGUCACCAACUUAUGAUUAAAGAUCAGAUUGAAGUGAUGAAAGGAAAUGUGAAAUCACGUCUUCAAAUCUAUUAUCAAGAAUUGGAAAAAUUUAGAGCUCGUUGGGACCAACUGAAGCCUGGUGAUGAUGUUAUUGAAACUGGCCAGCAAAAUACUCUUGCUAAAAGUGCAAAGUCCAUAAAAGAGAAAAAAAUUGAGUUUGAUGAUCUUGAAGUCAUAAGAAAAAAACUCGUUGAUGAUUGCCAUCAUUUUGGACUAGAAGAACCCAACUUCUCUUUGGCAUAUAGCAUCUCUACAGACAUUGAGAGCUGCGCACAAAUUUGGGCUCUUUAUGAGGAGUUUCAGCAAGGAUAUCAGGAAAUGGCCAGUGAAGACUGGAUUACUUUCCGGUCUAAGACAUACCUGUUUGAGGAAUUUUUGUUGAAUUGGCAUGACAGAUUAAGGAAAGUUGAAGAACAUUCAGUAAUGACAGUGAAAUUACAGUCUGAAGUUGAUAAAUAUAAAACCGUAAUUCCUAUCUUGAAAUAUGUGAGAGGGGAGCAUCUUUCUCCAGAUCACUGGCUUGACCUUUUUCGUCUACUUGGCCUUCCUAGGGGGACUAGUCUAGAGAAAUUACUGUUUGGUGAUCUGCUCAAACUAGCUGAUACAAUUGUUGCAAAAGCAUCAGACCUUAAAGAUUUAAAUAGUCGGGCCCAAGGUGAAGUAACAAUCAGAGAAGCAUUACGUGAACUUGAUCUUUGGGGAGUUGGAGCAGUAUUUACACUGGUUGAUUAUGAAGACAGCCAAAGUCGAACUAUCAAGCUGAUUAAAGACUGGAAAGAUAUAAUAAAUCAAGUUGGAGAUAAUAGAUGCCUUCUUCAGUCCUUAAAGGAGUCUCCUUAUUAUAAAGGAUUUGAAGAUAAAGCUUCAAUAUGGGAAAGAAAACUUGCAGAGUUGGAUGAAUACCUGCAGAAUUUAAACCAUAUUCAGAGAAAGUGGGUGUAUUUGGAACCCAUUUUUGGUCAAGGAGCAUUGCCAAAAGAACAGACACGCUUCAACAGAGUUGAUGAGGAUUUCAGAUCAAUAAUGACCGAUAUCAAGAAAGACAACAGAGUUACAACAUUAACUACUCAUGCAGGAAUCAGAAAUUCUCUUCUAAUGACACUUGAUCAGCUUCAAAGAUGCCAGAAAUCAUUAAAUGAAUUUUUGGAGGAAAAACGCUCAGCAUUCCCAAGAUUUUAUUUUAUUGGUGAUGAUGACUUGUUAGAAAUACUUGGGCAGUCUACUAACCCAUCAGUGAUUCAGUCUCACCUUAAGAAACUGUUUGCUGGUAUCAACAGUGUGUGUUUUGAUGAGGAAUCAAAACAUAUAACUGCAAUGAAAUCUUUAGAGGGAGAAAUUGUACCUUUUAAAAAUAAAGUUCUUCUAUCUAAUAAUGUAGAGCUUUGGUUAAAUGACUUAGCCUUGGAAAUGAAACAAACUUUGAAACAGUUGUUAACAGAAUGUUUUACUACUGGACGAAGUUCUCAAGGUACAAUUGACCCAUCUCUCUUCCCUUCACAGAUAUUAUGUUUGGCAGAGCAGAUUAAAUUCACUGAAGAUAUAGAGAAUGCUAUCAAAGAUCAUAGUCUUCAUCAGAUUGAAACACAACUGGUGAAUAAGUUAGAGCACUAUACUAACAUCGAUACAAGUUCGGAGGAUCCAGGGAAUACAGAAUCUGGGAUUCUGGAACUUAAACUUAAAGCAUUAAUUCUUGAUAUUAUUCAUAAUAUUGAUGUGGUGAAGCAGUUAAACCAAGUUCAAGUUCAUACUACUGAAGACUGGGCUUGGAAAAAACAAGUUAGAUUCUAUAUGAAAAGUGAUCACACAUGUUAUGUUCAAAUGGUGGAUUCUGAACUUCAGUAUACUUAUGAAUAUCAGGGUAAUGCUCCCAAGCUGGUUUACACUCCACUGACAGACAAGUGCUACUUGACUCUCACUCAAGCUAUGAAGAUGGGACUUGGAGGAAAUCCUUACGGCCCAGCUGGAACUGGAAAAACAGAAUCAGUAAAGGCUCUAGGGGGACUUCUUGGAAGACAAGUUUUAGUUUUUAAUUGUGAUGAGGGCAUCGAUGUGAAGUCAAUGGGACGAAUAUUUGUUGGUUUGGUGAAGUGUGGAGCCUGGGGUUGUUUUGAUGAAUUCAAUAGACUGGAAGAAUCUGUACUGUCAGCAGUUUCUAUGCAAAUCCAGACAAUUCAAGAUGCUUUGAAGAAUCAUAAAGCUGUAUGCGAACUGCUUGGCAAGGAGAUAGAAAUAAAUUCUAAUUCUGGAAUUUUCAUCACUAUGAAUCCUGCUGGCAAAGGUUAUGGAGGAAGACAAAAACUGCCUGAUAAUCUUAAACAACUUUUCAGGCCAGUAGCCAUGUCUCGUCCAGACAAUGAACUUAUUGCAGAAGUUAUUCUCUACUCAGAAGGUUUUAAAGAUGCUAAAGUAUUGGGCAGAAAAUUGGUAGCUAUCUUCAAUCUGUCUAGGGAACUUUUAACACCGCAGCAACAUUAUGAUUGGGGAUUGAGAGCUUUGAAGACAGUUUUAAAAGGAAGUGGAAAUCUUCUUAGACAACUGAAGAAAACUGGCAUUAAAGAGCAAGUUAAUGAAAGUCACAUUGUCGUACAAGCGCUGAGGCUUAAUACAAUGUCCAAGUUCACAUUUGCUGAUUGUACUCGGUUUGAUGCACUGAUUAAAGACGUGUUUCCUGGAAUCGACUUUCAAGAAGUAGAAUAUAAUGAAUUGAGUGCUGCCUUAAAGCAAGUCUUUGAAGAAGCCAAUUAUGAAAUCAUACCCAAUCAGAUCAAAAAGGCUUUAGAACUGCAUGAACAGCUAUGCCAGAGGAUGGGAGUUGUUAUUGUUGGUCCAAGUGGUGCUGGGAAAUCAACUCUUUGGAGAAUGUUAAGGGCGGCACUUUGUAAAAUUGGCAAAGUGGUGAAACAAUAUACUAUGAAUCCCAAAGCUAUGCCUAGACAUCAACUACUAGGCCAUAUUGACAUGGACACAAGGGAAUGGUCUGAUGGUGUUUUGACAAAUAGUGCUCGCCAAGUAGUUCGAGAACCGCAAGAUGUCACCUCAUGGAUAAUAUGUGAUGGUGAUAUUGACCCUGAAUGGAUAGAAUCUCUGAAUUCUGUUCUGGAUGAUAAUCGACUACUCACUAUGCCCAGUGGAGAAAGAAUUCAGUUUGGUCCAAAUGUUAACUUUGUAUUUGAAACUCAUGAUUUAAGUUGUGCCUCACCAGCUACAAUAUCUAGAAUGGGAAUGAUCUUCCUCAGUGAUGAAGAGACAGAUAUUAACUCUCUGAUAAAAUCUUGGUUGAGGAAUCAGCCAUCUAAAUACAGACAUAAUCUUGAAAACUGGAUUGGAGAUUAUUUUGAAAAAGCUUUACAGUGGGUUCUAAAGCAGAAUGACUAUGUGGUAGAAACCAGUUUGGUUGGAACUGUGAUGAAUGGUUUAUCUCAUCUACAUUGUUGCAAAGAUCAUGAUCAGUUUAUUAUUAAUCUCACAAGGGGACUUGGUGGGAAUCUGAAUAUGAAAUCACGUCUGGAAUUCACUAAAGAGGUUUUUAACUGGGCACGGGAAUCUCCUCCAGACUCUCACAAGCCAAUGGACACUUACUAUGACUUGAGUAAAGGACGGUUAGCAUCUUAUAUGCUGAAGAAGCCAGAAAACCUGACUGCUGAUGAUUUUAGUAAUGGACAAACUCUUCCUGUCAUUCAGACUCCUGACAUGCAGCGAGGUCUAGAUUAUGUCAAACCUUGGUUAAGUUCUCAUACUAAACAGCCAUUUAUUCUUGUAGGACCAGAAGGAUGUGGCAAAGGGAUGCUGCUCAGGUAUGCCUUUUCCCAACUCCGGUCUACUCAGAUUGCUACAGUUCACUGCAGUGCACAGACUACAUCCAGGCAUCUUCUGCAAAAGCUGAACCAGACUUGCAUGGUAAUCAGCACUAAUACAGGUCGCGUGUACAGACCAAAAGAUUGUGAACGACUUGUUUUGUACUUAAAAGAUAUCAACCUACCUAAGCUGGAUAAGUGGGGGACCAGCACUUUGGUGGCCUUCCUGCAACAGGUAUUGACAUAUCAAGGCUUUUAUGACGAAAAUUUGGAAUGGGUUGGUUUAGAAAAUAUUCAGAUUGUUGCUUCUAUGUCAGCUGGAGGAAGACUGGGAAGACAUAAACUUACUACCAGAUUUACUUCGAUUGUUCGUCUUUGUGCUGUAGAUUAUCCAGAAAGAGAGCAAUUACAGACGAUUUAUGGAGCAUAUUUGGAACCAGUUCUCCAUAAAAAUCUGAAGAAUCAUUCUAUUUGGAGUUCUUCAUCAAAAAUUUAUCUCUUAGCAGGAUCUAUGGUACAAGUGUAUGAACAGGUGCGAGCCAAAUUUACAGUUGAUGAUUAUAGUCACUAUUUCUUUACUCCUUGCAUUCUUACUCAGUGGGUUCUUGGCUUAUUUAGAUACGAUUUGGAAGGAGGAUCCUCAAACCACCCACUAGAUUAUGUGUUAGAAAUUGUAGCAUAUGAAGCACGGCGCUUAUUUCGUGACAAAAUUGUUGGUGCAAAGGAGCUUCAUCUAUUUGACAGCAUUUUAUCAUCUGUGUUUCAAGGAGAUUGGGGAUCAGAUAUAUUAGACAAUAUGGCAGGUAGUUUUUAUGUUACAUGGGGAGCACGACAUUCAGGAACAAGGGCAGUCCCAGGACAACCACUGCCUCCACAUGGAAAACCACUUGGAAAACUUAGUUCUGCUGAUCUCAAGGAUGUUAUUAAAAAGGGUCUUAUUCAUUAUGGACGAGAUAACCAGAAUUUAGACAUUUUACUUUUCCAAGAAGUCCUGGAAUACAUGUCAAGGAUAGACCGAGUCCUGAGUUUCCCUGGCGGCUCCCUUCUGCUGGCGGGACGCAGUGGUGUGGGUCGUCACACCAUCACUUCUCUUGUCAGUCACAUGCAUGGAGCGGUGCUGUUUUCUCCUAAGGUUUCCAGAGGAUAUGAACUGAAGCAGUUCAAAAAUGAUCUCAAACAUGUGCUGCAUCUUGCAGGUAUUGAAGCACAACAGGUAGUUUUACUACUGGAGGACUACCAGUUUGUUCAUCCUGCAUUUUUGGAGAUGAUCAAUAGCCUUUUGUCUUCAGGUGAGGUUCCUGGACUUUAUACUCUGGAAGAAUUAGAGCCCUUGCUAUUGCCUCUUAAAGAUCAAGCUUCACAGGAUGGUUUUUUUGGACCAGUGUUCAAUUACUUCACAUAUAGCAGUACUGAGAAGUUAUAUAAAUCUCUGCCUCUGGCAAAGAAACACCACACCAACCCUAGAUCUAAGAACAAUUGUCUCUGGAUGGCAGCUAUGCAAGUGGCUGCACUGUGUGCUGUGUGUCUGCUGCCCAGCAGCCUGGCCCUGCCACUGCCCCAAAGCCGAGGAGGCUGGAGUGAGUCGCAGUGGGAACAGGCUCAGAAUUACCUCAAGAGAUUUUACUCAGCUGACUCAAAAACAAAGAAUGCCAACAAUUUAGAAGCAAAACUCAAGGAAAUGCAAAUAUUCUUCCGCCUGCCUAUAACUGGAACCCUAAACUCCCAUAUCCUAGAAAUCAUGAAUAAGCCCAGAUGUGGAAUGCCAGAUGUUGCAGGUACAGGUACAGGGAGACCAAAAUGGAAUUCCAAAGUAAUUACCUACAGGCUUGCAUCAUAUACUGCAGACUUACCAUAUGUCACAGUGAAUCAGUUAAUAGAAAAGGCCUUCAAGAUGUGGAGCAAAGAGGUCCCACUGAGCUUCAGGAGAGUGAAAUGGGGAAUUGCUGAUAUCAAGAUGAGUUUUGUAAGAAGAGAACACGGAGACCUGUAUCCUUUUGAUGGACCAGGAAACACGCUGGCCCACGCCUAUUACCCGGGCCCAGGCUUGGGAGGAGAUGUGCACUUUGAUGAGGAUGAGCGCUGGACUAGCGGCAGAACCUCAGGAAUUAACUUACUAUAUGUUGCAACUCAUGAACUUGGCCAUUCUUUGGGUCUGAGUCAUUCUUCUGACCCAAAUUCCUUGAUGUACCCAACUUAUAAAGAUGAAAACUUGGACGAUUUCAAGCUUUCACGGGAUGAUAUCAAAAGCAUUCAGGAAUUAUAUGGACAAAAAGUGCGGACCUCAUCAGCAUGUUUCUUGGCAGUUGUUCUAGAAACUGCUGCCACCGCAGCAGGAAAGCAGCCCCUCGGAGUUGAGGUCUUCGCUGAACUUUAUACAGGGGAGAAAGUAGAGGCAAAGAAAUGUGGACAAAUCCAGACAGGAAAACUUGCCUACGUGGAAUAUUAUUUACGGAUUCCUGAAAUGUUGUUCAGUGAAACAUACAGUGAAGAAAAACACAGCAACAAAAGAAGAAAAGAAGAAAAGAAAAAAAUUUCAGUUGAUCCUGAUUUUCUAAAAUCCUUUUUAUUAAUUCAUGAGUCUUGUAAAACAUAUGGUGCUACUCCAAGCAGAUAUAUGACCUUUUUGCAUGUGUAUUCUGCCAUUAGCAGCAGCAAGAAAAAGGAAUUAUUAAAGAGACAAAGUCAUUUGCAGGCUGGUGUUUCUAAACUAAAUGAAGCUAAAGCUCUUGUGGAUGAAUUGAACAGAAAAGCUGGAGAACAAAGUGUAUUACUUAAAACUAAGCAAGAUGAAGCAGAUGCUGCCCUCCAAGAAAUCACCAUAUCAAUGCAGGAUGCUAGUGAGCAAAAGACAGAACUUGAAAGACUAAAACAUAAGAUAGCAGAAGAAGUCAUUAAAAUUGAAGAAAGAAAAAACAAAAUUGAUGAUGAAUUAAAAGAAGUGAGGCCUCUAGUCAAUGAAGCUAAACUUGCAGUUGGAAACAUUAAACCAGAAUCUCUUUCAGAAAUACGCUCACUGCGUAUGCCACCUGAUGUCAUCAGAGACAUCCUUGAAGGAGUUUUGAGGUUGAUGGGUAUUUUUGAUACUUCUUGGGUGAGCAUGAAAAGUUUCCUUGCAAAAAGAGGUGUGAGAGAAGACAUAGCAACCUUUGAUGCACGAAAUAUUCCAAAAGAAAUAAGAGAGAGUGUUGAAGAACUUCUGUUUAAAAAUAAGGGAUCUUUUGAUCCAAAGAAUGCUAAGCGUGCAAGUACUGCAGCUGCUCCUUUGGCUGCCUGGGUUAAAGCCAAUGUCCAGUAUUCCCACGUCUUGGAACGAAUUCAACCACUGGAAACUGAACAGGCAGGAUUAGAAUCGAAUUUGAAGAAAACUGAAGACAGAAAAAGGAAACUGGAGGAGCUUCUUAAUUCAGUUGGUCAAAAAGUUUCAGAACUCAAAGAGAGAUUUCAGAGCAGGACUUCAGAAGCUGCUAAACUUGAAGCUGAAGUAAGCAAAGCACAGGAAACAAUUAAAGCUGCAGAAGUCUUAAUUAAUCAGCUUGAUAGAGAACACAAGAGAUGGAAUGCACAGGUUGCAGAGAUAACAGAGGAAUUAGCUACACUUCCUAAAAGAGCUCAACUAGCUGCUGCAUUUAUUACCUAUCUUUCUGCUGCUCCUGAGGGUCUGAGGAAAACCUGUUUGGAAGAGUGGACAAAGUCAGCUGGUCUUGAAAAAUUUGACCUGAGGAGAUUUCUUUGUACUGAAAGUGAACAGUUAAUUUGGAAAAGUGAAGGUCUGCCAUCAGAUGACCUUUCCAUAGAAAAUGCUAUUGUUAUCUUACAGAUCGUUGGUUUGAAGUCAUGGAGUCGAGUGUGCCCAUUUCUUAUAGACCCUUCUUCCCAAGCUACAGAGUGGUUAAAGACCCAUUUGAAAGAUUCGCAUUUGGAAGUUAUUAACCAGCAGGAUAGUAACUUUAUCACAGCUCUUGAAUUGGCAGUACGGUUUGGGAAGACCCUUAUUAUACAAGAAAUGGAUGGUGUAGAACCUGUUCUUUAUCCAUUAUUGAGACGAGACCUGGUGGCUCAAGGACCACGUUAUGUGGUACAGAUAGGUGACAAGGUUAUUGACUACAAUGAAGAAUUCCGCCUUUUUUUGUCAACAAGAAACCCAAAUCCCUUUAUCCCACCUGAUGCAGCUUCCAUCGUUACUGAGGUUAACUUUACUACAACAAGAAGUGGAUUACGAGGACAGCUUUUGGCUUUAACUAUUCAACAUGAGAAACCUGAUUUAGAGGAACAGAAAACAAAACUACUACAGCAGGAAGAAGAUAAGAAAAUACAGUUAGCCAAACUGGAAGAAUCUCUUUUAGAGACACUUGCCACAUCUCAAGGCAAUAUCUUGGAAAAUAAGGAUUUGAUUGAAUCUUUGAAUCAGACAAAAGCAAGCAGUGCACUUAUUCAAGAAUCACUUAAAGAAUCUUACAAACUCCAAAUUUUCCUUGAUCAAGAACGGGAUGCUUAUCUCCCUCUGGCUGAGAGUGCCAGCAAGAUGUACUUCAUUAUCUCUGACUUGUCCAAAAUUAAUAACAUGUACCGUUUUAGUUUGGCUGCAUUUCUUCGACUAUUCCAGCGAGCUCUGCAAAACAAACAGGAUUCUGAAAAUACAGAACAGAGAAUCCAAUCUCUUAUCAACUCAUUAAAACAUAUGGUAUAUGAAUAUAUAUGCCGUUGCCUGUUUAAGGCUGAUCAGCUGAUGUUCGCCUUGCAUUUUGUUAGAGGCAUGCAUCCUGAACUUUUCCAAGAAAAUGAGUGGGAUACAUUCACAGGAGUGGUUGUUGGAGACAUGUUGCGGAAAGCUGACUCCCAACCAAGAAUCCGUGAUCAACUUCCUUCUUGGAUAGAUUCAGAAAGAAGCUGGGCAGUGGCAACAUUAAAGAUUGCUCUCCCCAGUCUUUAUCAGACCCUCUGCUUUGAAGAUGUGGCUCUGUGGCGUACUUAUUAUCAUAAUUCAGUUUGUGAGCAAGAGUUUCCAUCUAUUCUUUCAAAGAAAGUUUCUUUAUUUCAGCAGGUUCUUGUGGUACAGGCUCUCAGACCAGACAGAUUGCAAAGUGCCAUGGCUCUAUUUGCAUGUAAAACUCUGGGACUGAAAGAGUUGUCCCCACUUCCUCUAAAUCUCAAACGUCUGUACAAAGAGACACUAGAAAUUGAACCCAUCUUAAUCAUUAUUUCCCCGGGUGCUGAUCCUUCUCAGGAACUUCAAGAGCUAGCUAAUGCCGAGAGAAGCGGAGAGUGUUAUCACCAGGUUGCCAUGGGUCAAGGUCAAGCUGAUAUAGCAAUUCAAAUGCUAAAAGAAUGUGCCCGCAAUGGAGAUUGGCUCUGUUUGAAGAACUUACAUCUUGUAGUAUCUUGGCUACCAGUUCUGGAAAAGGAAUUAAACACUCUUCAACCUAAAGAUACCUUUCGUCUUUGGCUUACUGCAGAAGUUCAUCCGAACUUCACUCCUAUUUUAUUGCAGUCAAGUUUGAAGAUAACCUAUGAGUCACCUCCAGGUUUGAAAAAGAAUUUAAUGCGAACUUAUGAAUCUUGGACUCCUGAACAAAUUAGCAAAAAAGAUAAUAUACAUCGAGCUCAUGCUCUCUUUAGUUUUGCAUGGUUUCAUGCUGCAUGUCAAGAAAGAAGAAAUUAUAUUCCACAGGGUUGGACCAAGUUUUAUGAAUUUUCCUUAUCAGAUCUUCGGGCUGGGUACAACAUUAUUGAUAGACUUUUUAAUGGUACCAAAGAUAUUCAGUGGGAAUUUCUACAUGGUUUACUGGAAAGUGCUAUUUAUGGAGGACGUGUAGAUAACUAUUUUGACCUUAGAGUUCUUCAGUCAUACCUGAAACAGUUCUUUAAUUCUUCAAUAAUUGAUGUAAUAAACCAAAGGAACAAGAAAAGUGUUUUUCCAUAUUCAAUAACUCUACCAAAAUCUUGCAGCAUUUUGGACUAUCGUGCUGUCAUUGAAAAACUUCCAGAGGAUGACAAACCUAGUUUCUUUGGUCUGCCUGCCAAUAUUGCUCGCUCAUCCCAGCGCAUGAUCAGUUCUCAGGUUAUUUCACAGUUGAGGAUCUUGGGCAGAUCAGUAACAGCUGGUUGCAAAUUUGAUAGAGAAAUUUGGUCUAAUGAACUUUCCCCUGUCCUCAAUUUGUGGAAGAAACUAAACCAGAAUUCAAACCUAAUUCAUCAGAGAGUGUCUCCUCCUAAUGAUCGACAAGGAUCUCCAAUAUUGUCAUUCAUCGUCCUGGAACAGUUUAAUGCCAUUCGCUUAGUACAAAGUGUUCAUCAGUCCCUUGCUGCUCUCAGCAAAGUCAUCAGAGGAACUACCUUAUUGAGUUCAGAAGUACAAAAAUUAGCAAGUGCUUUAUUGAACCAAAAGUGUCCUCUCACAUGGCAGAGCAAGUGGGAAGGUCCAGAAGAUCCCUUGCAAUACCUUAGAGGUCUUGUAGCUCGUGCCCUUGCAAUCCAGAAUUGGGUAGAGAGAGCGGAAAAACAGGCUCUCCUCUCUGAUACACUUGAUCUAUCAGAACUCUUCCAUCCAGACACAUUUCUCAAUGCUCUUCGCCAGGAAACUGCAAGGGCAAUGGGCUUUUCUGUGGAUAGCCUUAAAUUUGUUGCCUCAUGGAAAGGUCGAUUACAAGAAGCAAAGCUGCAGAUUAAGAUCAGUGGCUUAUUACUAGAAGGAUGUACUUUUGAUGGAAAUCGCCUUUGUGAAAAUGAGCAUGACUCUCCUAGUGUGUCAUCAGUUCUCCCCUGCUUCAUGGGCUGGAUUCCACAGGGCGCAUACGGUCCCUAUUCCUCUGAUGAAUGCAUAUCGCUGCCUGUUUACACCAGUUCUGAAAGAGACCGCGUGGUCACCAAUAUUGAUGUUCCCUGUGGGGGCAGCCAAGACCAGUGGAUCCAGUGUGGAGCGGCUCUAUUUCUGAAAAAUCAGUAGACUCUUAACAAUUCGCAAGUAGACUCUCAGACAAAGCUGUCCUAGCAAGAAGAUACAGUGAUGACUUAAACAUUUACUGUGUGGCAAGUGUACACUGGAACGUGAGCCCAGAUGCCUACAUGAAGUUGCACAGUUUGCCUCACUGGGUUUGUAUUUAGCAGUAAUGGCAGCACUGGGCACCUUUGCAACUUAAGGGAGUUAAUGUGAAAAUGGAGUAUUCCUUUUAAAACAUUGAAUGUUUCUGUAAGGCAGUUCACUUUCAGUGGAUUGAAGAUGUAAUGUUUUUGAGAAGAGAUUUAAAGUAUAUGUAAGGAGUCAGUAAUAAAUAUUUUGGCUAUCACUUUGCAUAAUUAAU